AUGGCUAUGUCCAUGUUACAAAACACAGUACAGUCUCCUCUAUCACAAACACCAGAAACACUAACCCCACAAAUACUUCAUUGUUAUCGAUUCCGUCCCGAUGACCAAGAACUGAUUCGCUUCUAUCUUUAUGAAAAAAUCACCAGCCCUGAUCUCUUCUCCGCCAUCAGCAUUCCUGUUAGAGAUUGUCAUCUCUUUGGCAGCCAAGCCAGAGAACCUUGGCAAAUUUGGGACUCCUUCCCCAAACGCGAUGGAGAGGAUCUCUUCUUCUUCACUCAACUCACCAAGAAAGGCAAGAACUUUGUCCGCAAAAUCAGCCGCGGUCCUGGAACAUGGCACCAAGAGUACAAAGACCCUCCUUUCAAUGUCUCUAUCGACCACAACACCGAAGUCGAAGCCAUCAAAAAGCUAUUCACUUAUCGUAAUCCUAAAUCUGACCAAGAUGGCUCCUGGUUCAUGUUUGAGUACAGUCUGCCAUCACUCUCCCAACAAACUGUCUUGUGCCAAUUGAGAAAGAAAGAGGUCCACACCACCGAGACAGUACAAACAACAAUAACAACAACCGCAACCGCAAAAAAGAGGAAGAGGGAUGCUGACAGUGUUGAUGAUGCAACAAAUACGAUACUUCAAAAGCCCAGGGUUGAAGAAGACCAUCGGCAGCAACAAAUCAUUUGUUUCAAUGGGGCGGCAGAAAAUGUAUCUCAAUUGGAAAACCAACAGCACCGCUUGGAGCUUGAACCAGUCUUUGAUAAUGGCGUGCAAUCCGACAAUCUUGAGACUUUUUAUUUUGAACCCUCAACUGUGCAAGACUUCGAAAAUAAUCUGAUGGUUGCCGAUUCAGAUAAUAUUACAUCCACUAGCAAUGCUGCACUACCAGCUGUAUCUGCAUUAAAUCCAGCAGAGAAGUUGCAGCCAACUGGCAAUGAUGGGGAUGCUGCUGCAACAGAGGAUGAUGAUUUCCAUCAAGGGCUUUUUGGGCUGCUAGGUUUGAGUGUUUGCUAUGACGAGGCAGAUGGGGUUCCAGCAACUCAUGCAACAGCAGAGGCGAGUGCUUUUCGGAUUCAGGCUACACCAACACUGGAUGAAUCCUUCACUCCUGAUCCUGUUGAUUGUCAUCUUGAACAUGGUUUUUCCGAUUCCAGCCUUACCAAUUCGUCAGAGUCAUAUUCCCAAAUGCUGCUAGAAGCAAAUCCUACAAGCCUGAUUCAAGAAAAUGGGAUUCAGAUGAUCUCAAAUCCUUUCCACAUGGACCGUUAA